GAGGAGGGAAGCUCGAGUUGUUCCUGCGGUCACUGAACAGCAGCAAGCCCCAUUACCUUGGCCAGACAGGCCUGGGUAUGGCUGAAGAGCUGGGCAGAUUGGCCCUGGAGCCUGGAGAGAACUUUUGCAUGGGAGGCCCCGGGAUGAUCUUCAGUAGAGAGGUGCUGCGCAGGAUGGUCCCUCACAUUAGUACCUGCCUGAGUGAGAUGUACACCACCCAUGAGGACGUGGAGGUGGGCCGCUGUGUGCGACGCUUUGGAGGAACACAGUGUGUGUGGUCUUAUGAGAUGCAGCAGCUUUUCUACGAGAACUACGAACACAACAAGAAAGGUUUCAUUGAGGAGCUUCACAGUAGCAAGAUCCACAAUGCCAUCACACUCCACCCCAACAAAAAACCAGCCUACCAGUAUCGGCUCCACAGCUUCAUGCUCAGUCGCGAGAUCUCAAGGCUUCGUUACCGCACCAUCCUGCUCCACCGUGAAGGCUUGAUUAUGAGUUACCUCAGUGAUACUGAAGUAUUGUGGGAAGACCAACAGUUUGGGUCUCCACCUUCCUACAUGCGAUAUCAGGCCAAUGAGAGAAACGAUGUAAUUGAGUGGGAUUUCCUGACAGGCCGUCAUAUUUAUUCUGCGGUUGAAAACAAGUUGGCCCGGCAGAACCUUGGGAGCUUGCUUCGGACGGCACUAGAAGACAUUAUUCUGCAGGUCAUGGAAAUGAUUAAUGAGAAUUCAAAAACGCGUGGCCGUGUUAUUGACUUUAAAGAGAUUCAGUAUGGUUACUACAGGGUGGAUCCAAUGCAUGGUGCAGAAUACAUCUUAGACUUAUUGCUUUUAUACAAAAAACAUAAGGGGCGUAAAGUAACAGUGCCGGUGAGGCGGCACGCUUACCUUCAGCAGUCCUUUAGCCGACCUUUCUUUACUGAAGCUGAAGAGUUAGAUGUAGCUGAACUUGUGGCUGCAAUCAACUCUGAAUCCCAAUCCCUGUCUUUUCUGUCAAACUCUCUGAAGUUCUUGUCACCUUUCCAGUUCUAUGAAUCAGCCAGAGAAAUGUGGGAGCAAAGCCAGAGAAAGGUCAACAUCCUUGUCCCGUUGUCUGGUCGCUACAACACCUUUGUGCGCUUUAUGGAAAACUUUGAGAAAGUGUGUUUGAUACCCAAACAAAAUGUUAAGCUCUCCAUCAUUCUCGUGGACAAUGAGAGCAAUCCAAACAGAAGGAGGCAUUUUCAGUUGAUCAAGGACUACAACAGGAAGUAUCCCAAAGCUGACCUGUCUGUAAUAUCCAUGUCAGGCAACUUUUCACGAGGGCUGGCUCUAGAACUGGGCUCUUCCCAGCUUCAUAAUGAUACUCUACUCUUCUUCUGCGAUAUUGAUCUUAUCUUUACUGGUGAGGCCUUGCAGCGUUGCAGGGACAAUGCUGUUCAAGGAAGACGGGUCUAUUUCCCUGUUGUCUUUAGUCAGUACAACCCUAAGAUAGUGUAUGGUGAAAAAGGCACAAGAGAAAACAAAUUUGUGCUCACCAAGAAAAGUGGCUUCUGGCGAGAUUAUGGCUUUGGAAUCACCUGUGUUUUCAAGAGUGACUUAAUAAAAGCCGGGGGUUUUGACACCUCAAUCCUAGGUUGGGGGUUGGAAGAUGUAGACCUGUUUACAAAAGUUAUUCAUUCUGGUUUGAAAGUGUUUCGCAGCCAAGAACCAGGAAUGGUCCACAUUUAUCAUCCUGUAUACUGCAAUGCAAGUCUUGAACAGAAGCAACACAAAAUGUGCCUUGGGUCAAGAGCAAGUACAUUUGCAUCGACAAUGCAGUUAGCAGAGAUGUGGCUGGAGAAACGCAUAGAGGUAGGGUAUAACAGAACUUCAUCCUGACACUCCAGUUCUUCUGGGCUCCUCCACGCAAGUUACCUCAGUCAGGCUUCAAUGGUGACAGUGAUAGAGUGUGCGUGUGUGGUAGUGUAACUGUGGAUCAGAGGUCUUCAAAGGCUGGAAAAGUGUUCCCAGGAAGGAACCAAGACUUUUAUAUCUACAACAUUAACCAAUUAAAACCACACAAGAUCCAAACUGACCAGAUAGUAGGUAGACCAAUGUUUAACACAUCCAAAGGACUUAGAACAGAACCAGGUCUGCUAUUUCUGCACCCAAUUUACUGCGGAAGCAAGCAAACGUGUUGGCUAGUUAAUUCCCCUAAAACACUGACUGAAUGCAGUUGGAUGUUAGCUGGUACAUUUACUGUUCACUAAAGCAUUUGACUGUGCCAAUGACGAAAAUAUAAAGCUCUGACCUUUAUUGCAGCUUAUUAGAGACUGGGUUAACGUUUUGACACACAUAUUAUGUAUGGGAAUUAUAAUAAAUGACCCAAAGAACAAGCUGUAUUACCCCAAAUAUAAUUAAAUCAAAAUUAAAGGAAAAAGUAGAUCCUGUAGUUGAAGCAUAUGAAUGUUGACAGUUUUACACAAAGUGGCGCUUUAAUGUGUUUCAGGUUUUAGCAUGCAGCAAAAACAUCACCUGCAACUCUGUUAAUCUGUGAGUUAAAUACUCUGUCAUUGUGAUUCUGGAUGGCUGCUACGCCAUGAGCAGCAGCAUCUCUGUGUUGAACAAUCUGUAUGCAUGUUUGUGUGUGUGUGUGUGUGUGUGUGUGAGUGUGUUACCAAGAGAGUUGGCCUACCUUAAUGCGCUGACUUAAUCUCGUUUAAUCUUCCAGUGAAUUUUUAGAAGCAGCCUAUUGCAGACCUGAUGCUGGGGCUCUGUGAUUACUGAGCCACAAUGAUUUCUGUUGUGCUACAGGACUAGUAAUAGCAGCCUCUGUUCAGCAGUAUCGCUCAUUUCCACUUUCAAGCUCAAUCUUCUCAUUGACCUGUAGUAGUCAUCAUUUGCUUAUCUGGCUUGUGUUCUUUUUAGACGAUGGUGUUUCAGCAGUUUACUUCUGUCCUGAGUGUGUUUCCUUUUUUAAUUUGAAAUGACACUUUAGAAAACCGGUAAUAUAAUGUUUACCAUCUGAAAAGCAAUUAUUAUUGUUGUGGUAUUUGCUUGUAUCUUUGUAAAGUAUAAGAAAAUGUCUAAAUCUGGAUUUGGACAUAAAGCCUGUUAAUCAGUUUAAACUUUACAGCAUAGGUAGUUUCUGACCCAUGAAGAAUGGAUUUGGUGAUAUAUAACUCCAAAGACAAUUAAAGCUGCAAGCAGCAAUGGAAGGGUCCUCGCUGUAUGACCAUCGGGGCAGAGUGUGUGUGGCCGGGACUCUGAUCAAAUGUGUAAAGUUUCAGGCAGAUCGGAGCAUGCACUAGCAGCUUUUUAUGGCGAAUUGUGGCAAUUCCGGGGGCUGCCAUUUCCACGUCUUCAGACUUUUGCGGAGCGUUUUAGUAACUUUCAAUCAUUAAGUCCUGUUGUACAUGCUGGCCAAAUUUAGGGUCUGUUGGACUUUGCCCCAAGGAGGAGAUAGAUUUUGAAAAUGCCUGAAACUGAGCAAACAUGCUGUUCAUUCAAAAUGGCAGACUUCACCGUUAGGUUUUGGAUGUGGGUUCCUGGGGUUUUUGUGCAUCUUUAUGUGAUGCAUAUGCCUACCAAAUUUCAUAGGUCUAGGCGAAAACAUACUUCCCGCGGUACUCUGUUGAAAUUUUCUAGGGGGCGCUAUGGAUCCAUUUUACCACUCAUAUGCCCAAGUCCCCUAAAAUAUCGAAUUUUUUGCCAGUUCAAAUGUGCGUGCAAAUUUUGGUGAGUUUCUGAACAUGUUUAGGCCAUCUCAACUGCGUUGGGAAAUUUUGUUUUCAGAAUCAGAAGGAUUCCAGCAGGUUUCUUCCACUUUCAGUGUUUGGACCCUAAUUAGACAUGUGUCUAAAACUGGGAGACACUUGUUUGCAGAAGCCAUUUUUUAUUACUACAUUUUCAGCUUUGAUUAUUUCCUAUUGAAAUAGUGCAUUUGAAAUGCUGCUGAAACAACUUACAGGAAACCUGGUUGGUCUAAAAACAAAGAACAUUACUAUUCAUUAGAUACAAUUAGUUUUAUUGUAGACAUCUGACCGUUACUGACCUGCAAAUUGCUGUAUCUGUGCUUACUGCACAACCACUUGACAUCUAAAGUGCAACACGUGACACAAAUGUGCUUCAGGUGAAGUGCAAUCUAGUUUGCUCCAAGGUGUUUAAAGGAAAGUUGGGUUGGUAGUUUAAGUGGUGUUCAAAUGAAUUGUGGUGUCAUCAGACAAAUGUAACCCAGACUGAAGCAUGCUAGUCUUUCAUAGCGAGACUGUUUUCUAGUGCUGACGCAGUGCUGUGUAGAAUUAUUUGGCUGCCCCUGAGUAUCAUUCUGCUUCAGGGGGAAAAACGCUCUGCCAUGUUUGUAUUUCUUUAACCAAGUCACAAAUGUCAUGGGCGGAGUUGAGAACAACGUGCUGCAUCAGUGUUUACUCCAAAUAUUGACAGAGGAAUUAUUUUGAUGAAGCAUUUGCUUGCAGGAAGGUGAGCAUUAAAAUGGCAAAUUCACAAACAAAAAAAGACUAGCAGGGGUCCUUUAAUGCACAACCCAAACCUUCAGCAAAACUUGAACUUGUCAUUGUGGUAGGUUGCUGCUUGGAGGUUGUUGUUGUUUCCCGUGUAUCUUGAAGCGAUAGAUGAUGGGGAGGAGAAAGCUGUUGGCUGGCUUAUACCUGCAGUCUUCAUCCAGUGAAUCAGACUAGAAGCAUAUUGACCCUGUUCAAGGCACAAUAAGAUGAUACUAAACAUGGUUGGCUCCCCCAGUGAGUCAGCAUAUGAUGAUAUCAGUAUGUUGAGCCAACGCUGGUCCUGUCCUGACUUGACCCUUGUCAUGAUUUCUUCCUGGACUGGAAUAGAAAUCGACUGGUUUGAGUAGUCUGCUCCUCUGAUGGGACAUGUAGGUAGCUUUACAAUUUCUGGUUUUGUAUCAUUACCUUACACAGUAUCUUCCAAAGGACAUGAAUUAAUGAAUCAGGUCAUUAUUUUGAGAUUUGAAAUGUUCCAGUCUGCAAUUAGUCAGAGACAAUAAGGUACGCGGCGGCUUGUGGACUUUAACUCUUAUGCUAAACUUUUGUUCUUGCCCUACUUAUUGUGAUGUUUACACCUCUUCCUCAGGACCACAUCUUACCACAUAGUGCAUUGCAGCCGUUUGCUGUAACUGAUGUAAUACUGAUAUAAUACCCACUGCCUAUUAUGCAAAGCAGUAAUCUGGUAAAUAAAUAAAUAAAUAAAAUAAACAAACUUGUAGAACAGGCUUUUAUUUAGCAUGGUUAUUAGAAAAAAGGUCUUGCUGCCAGCAUUACAAGAAAUCGGCCCGGUUUCUUGUUAGAGUUAGAAAAUUCAAUCAUUUUCACAUCAUAAGAAGCUACAUUAAUAUUUGUGCUGGGUUUUGAUACACACCAAAUGUUUCAGUGUUUACAAAAAACUUCUCUUGUAACAUUUGUCAUAUUAUAUUAGAAUGUAGGUAAUUAUUCUUUGUCAUGAUCUCAGCAGCUGUUUUCAAAUCUCAAUUACUGCAAACCCCUAUUCCCAGAGGUAAACAUGUUACUAUAAUCUAAUUAUAUACUCAGAACAUUUACAGUACGCCAUCACUUUCACCUGUAAUGUCGCAGUUUCUGGAAAAAUGUGCUGAAAUAUUCACAGUGAGUGAUAAGAAUUCACAGCACUGGAGUCCAUUGACAUUUUUUUUUUUUUACUGAAGUGCAUUGCAGCUACCGAUAUGUCUCAUAAUAUCAUUAAAGUUAUUUCCUUAAUUACAAUAUCUUUAUCUCAUAACCACAUCAUCCAGCUAUCAUUAUAAUUCUAGUUUUCUUGUAAUUAUCAGAUCAUGACUAGGCCAUUUCCCCGGUGGUAACUAUCGUGCACUUUGGUAAACUGUUGCUUGUUCCCCAAGAAUAAUGGCUUUAAAGUCUGCUAGCAAUAACGACAGCUAUAGUAACAACUUAUCAUUUACAAUAAAUGUUUAAACACAGAUUUGAUUGGUGUAUCUGCUUUUAUAAGCUCACUGUCUAUAUCCCAUGCUGUCUUUUACAAUAAAUUCUAUAUUGUUA